ACACUCAAAUAAACGUGUACAUGUACUGGUUGAAAAACAUGGCCACCCUCAAAGCUUGAAUGGUAUGCCUAUCUACCUAGCGUAUUGUAUGCUGUGUAACCUUAUACGAAUUUGUGACUUGCAAAGGAGUGUUUAGAAUCCAAUGAUAAUUGUUUGGGGCUCUAUUGGUUGUCUUGAUGAAGCAGUUACUGAAGAUGAGCAUGGGGUGUCAGUUUCCAUUCCUGCACAGUCACAGCACUGCAGAAUUACAAGUUUAGCCUUCUACAUGAUUUAACACACCAGAUUCACCUCAGCUACUUAUCACAGCUUUCAUGAGCUGAACGCUGGGUGUUAAAAGAAGGAAACAUCCUGUAUAUGUGUAGUUCCAGUUCAUUUAUUUACUUUUUAAUAUAUUUUUUUUUCUUUCUUUCUUUCUUUAUAAACGCCUACAACAUGCCUGUGGGUGGGGAGCUCUAGGACCCCACAUCAGAAAUGGGUGUGAACACAAAAAUUGCCUAUUGGUUAACCACAUUACUGGCCAGCCAGAAGGACUUCAUAUUCUUAUUCUUUGAGUUUAGUCAGAAGUCAUAAUUUAAGGGUGGCAGUUGAAGCAGUUCUGAGGGAUUUUUCUGAUUAAUAGCAAGGAAAGUCAGGCACAGAAACUCAGUAAGCAGAAGAGGUUGAGAAUGUGCUUAGAGUGUAGGAAGGCCCGGUCCCGUGUGGCAGCUCAAAGCAGACGGGAGAAAGAAAGCCAGCUGUUAAGAGAGUUAGCGGCCCUGCUGCCCCUGGCCCCAUCUGAGGCAGAUCAGCUGGAUAAAGCCUCUGUCAUUAGAGUCACAAUCUCCUACCUGCACCUCAGAGCUCUACUGGACAUUCCUGACUCCACUACGGUAGGAGCUAUGAUGCAUCCUGUCUCAGCAAGUCAGGGGGAACUGCCAGAAUCAAUCGAGAAGUGGUUCCUAGAUACACUUGAAGGAUUCCUGCUCUUACUUUCCUUGUGUGGCAAGAUUAUCUUCAUCACAAAGGAUGCCGUCUCUCAUAUAGGAAUCAAACAGAUGGAUUUGAUUGGCCGGAGUUUGUUUGAUUUCAUUCAUCCCUCCGAUCACAAGGAGAUCAAGGAGAUUCUUACAAGGAUAAUAGGGAGUGAAGACCAGCAGAAGUGUGAGGUUUUCUUCCGAAUCAAAGGUGCUGUCAAAAACAUGCUGACUCCCUGGCAGGUGAUUCACUGCACAGGAAACAAAAAGUCAUCACCUAUUCCAGGAUCCAGCUAUCUGCUUCUUCUGUGCAGAUCAUUACCUGUGCAAGAAGUAAUUGAGAUGGAGGCUCAUCUGAAUUUCAAAACAUUCUUGAGCAUCCAUGAGCCAGACAUGAAGUUCACCUACUGUCACUCUGGGGUCUUGGAACUGACUGGCUUUAGUGACGUUGAGCUGUAUGGUCAGUCUGUGUACCAGUACUAUCAUCCAUCUGAUUGCCAGCAUAUCUUCAAGGCACACCUCUUUUUGUUCUCAAAGGGCCAGGUGUACACUGGGAAGUAUCGGCUCCUACAGAAGCAUGGUGGCUACGUUUGGGUAGAGACGGAUGCCACAGUUGUGUUCAACAUUCACACAGGGGAUCCAGAGAGAAUCGUGUGCAUCAACUAUAUUCUCAGUGGAGUGGAGCUACCAGAUGUGGUGUUUUCACUGGAACAGACAAAGUGCCUGCUGAAUGCCUUCCAUCCACCAUACACUACGAUGACACAUAAUGAGACCACAUCUACAACCACUGACAUGGACACCAGCUUUGUGGCCUCUCCCUGUGAGAGAGACAAGCCAACCAACAGUUGUACUGAGAUUUUGCACAGGGCUGCUUUGUGUGGCUCACUUUCCAACGACAUGUAUGACCUGGAUUUGGAUAGUCUAGCCCCAUACAUUCCCACACAUGAGGAGGACUUCCAUUUAACUCCUAUAUUAGAUGGAAUGGCAAGUGAUUCAGUAUUAAACAGACACCUGCGUUCUCUCAAUGAGACAUGGUUAACUCUGGACUCAGAGCUGCCCACAGAUUCAGAAACAGUCUUUUCCCACAGGCUAAACAUGAACAAGAACCCUAUGCUCGUUUCAUCAAGCCAGUGGCAUGACAGCACAUACACAAUGAACAAAAAACAACAGGUGCGGUUUAAGAGACAAAUCUCCAUUCCUGAAAAAAAGACCAAUCACUGGACAGACGUCUCUCAACAUCUUGCUAAAACGUUCUCAGAAAACUUUGUCUGGAAUUGCAGCCAGAGUUAUGCAGAGCCAGUGCAUUUGGCCUACAAAUAUGCCAAACUCUCGUGGUGUCCUCCGGGAUCUUCAACGCAACAUAGCAACCAAAACACAGAGGGAAAAAUGCCCUCUGUGUUAGUUAACUUGCCUGUACUGAGCAGGUGGGAAUGUGAAGUGAAUGCGCCUCUGGGACCCACUUCACACUUGCUUCAAGGGACUGAACUCAUCACCGUCUUGGAUCAGAUUGACGGUGCUCCAGCCCACGUUAUCGUCCAUGUCUGAACCGGAGCCUCCAGCUCCGUCUCGCUCUUCCUUCUGCUCAAAGUCCUGCACAAAUCAUACCACACAAAAAGCUAUUCAGGUGUGAGCGCGGACGAGGCCACUGGGCGGUGAAAACGCACGCACCGGUGGAUGACUGCACGGGAGACCCACGCCCUCGCCUCGGGAACCCCGACACGCCCUCAAGAAGGAAAACUUCAGGUGCUAACUGCGGCGCUGACUCGUGUUGGACUGUUUGAUUUCCUGCAACAGCAAGUUCCAAGGGUGUUAUCCCCUACAUGACACUGCAACAUCCAGAAAUCUACUUUCGGGUUCUUCAGCAGGUUUUGAAAGACAGGAACUCUGUGCUUUUCAGAGAGUAUGUUACGAUGAGGUGGUUUAAAUUCAUUUUUGAACCAUCUUGUUCAUUUUCUGCCUCCUUUUAUUCUUACAGGGGAAAGCCAGUAACACUGCUGAACUGUAACGCAAAUCAUUUCCUCAUUCCUUUGUAAGCAAACCUAUGAGCAAAUAUUAUGAAUGAUGGGUGUGUAAAAGCCCUCCGGUAUCAUUUUAUAUAUUUUUCCUGCACCUCUAGAACACGGAGUAAUCCUCUUAGACUGUUCUCAUAUACUGCACCUUCAAAA